UAGCAACAUUUUCUGCUUGUAUGGCCUGAUGACUGCUGAUGACGACGUCAUGGGCGGGAUAGAUCUAUGAUCCCCUAUUUUAUUUCGAACAAUGCACCUUCAGCAAGUAUGACGACAUUCAAGAAGGUUCAGCACCUGCUACUGCUGCUUGGAUGUGUGCUGUUUUGGAUAUGUACACAAGUUAGUGAUGGGGCUACCACCCCUCCCCCUAUAGUGAUGACGGACUUUCAGGUGACCAACAUCCACGAAGACAACCAGAUUGAGGUGGACAUCGCCACCGUUGGGUGUUCCGACACCCUCAGCGGGGAUGGCACGUGUCCCGUCUGCAACAUCAAAUCGAUGUUUCCCCAAGGUGGCCCGUUCCGUGUGUGGCGGAAAUACGGGAAUCUAGACUUCCACGUCUAUUACGUUGGCGGGUACGCCACCGAUGGCCUCGACUACAACGUGGCACGCACCUACAACAUCACCAUUGAGUGUACAUCAACUGACGAAUUGACAACCGUCACGAAGGUAUUGGAAGUUGACGUGCAGCCGAACCAACCGCCCUUUGUAUUUGACAGCCCAGGGGUAACUCUGACAUACGACGCUCAAGUGGAUACGGGCGUAGGCUGGACUGUGUACGACAUCAACGUGAGAGACAAUGAGUCCGACCCCAUCACGUACAUCUGGAGCACUGAACCCGUCGUGGAUUACUUCGACAUCGGGCAGAGUGACGGCAUCAUUAAAGUCGUAAAAGAUCUCAGGACGGCCGUUGUGGAUGUCGUAGCAAUAAAGGUCAACGUCUCAGAUGGCCAUAACGUCGUUGGUCCAUUCACUGUCAACGUACAACUCACAAAUCUGAACUCUCGCCCUGUAUUCACAAAUCUUCCUACCAAUGUGUCCGUGUAUGAAGAUCUGACCGGGGGUUCCAGUAUCUACACAAUUUCCUACGUGGAUUACGACCUUUAUUCGACCUUGACCCCUGUCUGCUCCGUCACCCCGGACAACGAAAACUACAAAUUUGUCUAUCUCACUGGAGCUAAACGGAUACAGUUGGCAUCACUGACAACAGAAGGCAACCUGCUGGAUUUCGAGACGACAACAUACUACAACAUCUCCUGCCUCAUCAACGACGGCUACCUCGACUCCGUCGGUGGAUAUAUAAACCUGUUCGUACUAAAUGUAAACGAGCCACCAGAAUUCAACGAUCGAGUGUACUACUGCAUAAUGAAUGAAAAUUAUCAAAGCGUUGGUGCGUGUGAUUUGAGCGGACUGACAGUGUCGGACCCGGAAGGCGAUACAAUCAUUGACUACAAGCUGUUACCUGGCAACAACAGCGAACGCUUCCAGUACGACAACGCAAAGAAACAACUGGCCUUUAAUGUAGACUACGACGUAGAUACGGCAGCAAUGCCAACCAGCGUCUUCCUCACCCUAGCUGCCGUUGACGACCAAUCGGCGACAGGUACUGCACAGAUUCAAAUCAACGUUAUAGACGUCAACGACAACACCCCUUCUUUCGCCUCGAGUGUCAACGCCUUCACCGUUACGCAAGGACAAGCCGUAGGUGCGAUCGGAAGGAUUACCGUUACAGACGCUGAUCUUACGUCACCAAACAACGACGUUACAUUCUCCGUGACCGGCGGCACUUUCUCCAACUACGUCUCCGUCCUUGGCAAUGGACAGGUUAUCUAUGCUAACGAGUUCGACGCCUCGUAUUCCGGCAGGAGUGAGUUGGUAUACGUUGAAGCAAAAGAUGGCGGUAGUCCUGCGUUGUCGACAACAGCCACAGUUAUCGUCUCUUUUCAGACUACAACUACGACAACUACAACUACUACUACAACUUCCACCCCUACCACCACCCCAACCACAACAACCACUACACCUAAACCAGGGUUCUUUGAUUACACUGAAAACAUCGUGUUGUUUUGUUUCCUAAUGUUUCUGCUGCUGCUUCUGGUGUUGGCGGCGCUCUAUUUUCUCUACCGCUAUUGCACCAUGGGAUCAUGUUUUGGGGCGCCCUCUGGUCCCGCCGGAGCAAGCAAGGGUACCUCAUUCUGUCCAUCGUUAAGUGAAGGAGGAGGGUGUGAUGACUGUUUCAGACCAAGCCAACCAAAGAGGGUCGAAAUGCAGCCACGCAAUGACUACCCCAUGCGACAGCAGCCACCGCGCAUUAACGGAGACUAUAAAGACCCAUUCUGGAAGUCUGAUGACCAGUACGAGAAUGGUGCGAUUGCGAAGAUAUUCUGAUCUCUCCGAUGGUCAGCACUGUCGAUUCUGAUAUGGUUAAAGCACGAGAGACAAAACGAUACACAUGGGUGUCAAAGACCGUGACCACGAAUCAAUAAGUCCUGAAACUGUCUUGUGUUGUUAAUAAAUCACGAUUCCUUACAUGAA